UGAGUAUCUCUGUCAUCUGUCUGUGUGAGAGUGAACAACCAUCCACAUGGCUCAGCAGAGAGUUCUGCUGGACCAGGACCAGUUCUGUUGUUCUGUCUGUUUGGAUCUACUGAAGGAGCCGGUCACCAUCCCCUGUGGACACAGUUACUGUAGAAUCUGUAUUGAGGGCUACUGGGAUCAGGAUGUUCUGAAAGGGGUCUAUAGCUGUCCUCAGUGCAGAGAGACCUUCACUCCAAGGCCUAAUCUGAGGAAAAAUAACAUGUUGGCUGAGAUGGUGGAGAAACUGAGGAAGACAGGACUCCAGGCUGCUCCCCCUCCUGCUCUGUGCUAUGCUGGACCUGGAGAUGUGGUGUGUGAUUUCUGCACUGGGACCAGAAAGCAGAAAGCCCUCAUGUCCUGUCUGGUGUGUCUGGCCUCUUACUGUGAGACUCACCUCCAACCUCACUAUGAAUUUCCUGCUUUGAAGAAGCACAAGCUGGUCAAAGCCACCGCACAACUACAGGAGAAGAUCUGCUCUCAUCAUGACAAACCGCUGGAGGUUUACUGUCGUACCGAUCAGCAGUGUAUCUGUCUGCUGUGUACAAUGGAUGAACAUAAAGGCCAUGAUACAGUGUCAGCUGCAGCAGAGAGGACUGAGAAACAGAGGCAGCUGGGGAUGAGUCAGCAGAAGGUCCAGCAGAGAUUCCAGGAGAGAGAAAAGAGGCUGAAGGAGCUCCAACAGACUGUGAAGUCUUUCAAGUGCUCUGCACAGUCAGCAGUGGAGGACAGUGAUCAGAUCUUUACUGAGCUGAUCCGCUCCAUUGAGAGAAGGAGCUCUGAGGUGAAGGAGCUGAUCAGAGCCCAAGAGAAGGCUCAAGUGAGUCAAGCUGAAGGACUCCUGGAGCAACUGAAGCAGGAGAUAGCUGAGCUGAGGAAGAGAAGCACUGAGCUGGAGCAGCUCUCACACACAGAGGAUCACAUCCAUUUCCUCCAGAGGUAUCAGUCUCUCUCUCUCUCUCUCUCUCUCCAGAGGUAUCAGUCUCUCUCCAGCAUCAGUGUAUCUUCAGACUUACCCAGCAUCGUUGUCCGUCCUCUUCAGUACUUUGGAGAUGUGAGUAAGACUGUGUCUGAACUGAGAGAGAAACUAGAAGACUUCCUUAAAGGAGAAUGGGCCAAGAUCUCCACUACAGUGAAUAUAGUGGGUGUUGUACUGCCUCCAGAGCCCAAGACCAGAGAACAGUUGUUACAAUAUUCCUGUCAGCUCACACUGGACCCAAACACAGCACACACACACCUCUCUCUGUCUGAAGGGAACAGAAAGGUGACCUACACACGCCAAGUCCAACCAUAUCCUGACCAUCCAGACAGAUUCACCAACUACAGGCAGGUUCUGUGUAGAGAGGGUCUGUCUAGACGCUGUUACUGGGAGGUGAAGAGGACUGGUGAUGUUAUUGUUAUAGCAGUCUCAUAUAAAGACAUCAGCAGAACAGAGAGAGGGACAGAUGGUGUAUUUGGAAACAAUAACAAGUCCUGGAGUUUAUAUUACAAUAGUGGUGAAUAUUGUUUCAGAAACAAUAAUGUUGUGACUAAAGUAUCAGGCCCUCAGUCCUCCAGAGUAGGAGUGUACCUGGAUCACAAGGCAGGUACUCUGUCCUUCUACAGUGUCUCUGACACAAUGACCCUCCUUCACAGAGUCCAGACCACAUUCACUCAGCCCCUCUAUCCUGGGUUUGGUCUCUAUGAUUAUAAUGGUACUGCUGAGCUGGUUAAACUGUAAACUGAUUUGUUAUUAAUUAAAAUUGAAUACAAUGUUUUAAUCUUGUACAUUUCCAUGAAUCAUGAUGUCUGGUGUUGAUGUAUAUUGGUUGUCAUUCAGAACCAUUGAUAUGUUUUCUCAGUUGGUUCUCUGUCUCUAUGUAAUUCUCCCCAGUAUCAUUGAUCAGCUUGUUGGCUCGGUCCUAAUUGAUGUGUUCUCUGUCACCUGGAGCUGCAUGGAAAAUGGUCCAGGAACUAAAGGACAAUUCAGGACUAGUCAGCCCACUACAAGCUGGUAUCACUUACUUUCUACUCAACUAUAUGGUCUGGUUUCCCAGACACAGAUUAAUCCUAGUCCUGGACUAAACAGUAUGUUCAAUGUAGAUGUCCAGGAAACCGGCCCUAAAUGUGUCAUCUUUCAUCCUCCCAUACUGCUCAGUCCAGCAACAUUAAACCUGUCCAGCAGGUGGUGCUGUUGACCAAACAAUAAAACCAGCAGAUAUCUUGACUUGCCACUCAGUAUAUCAGUAAUGUUCAGAAUAGUACUUUAAUAUCAUUGGAGAUUGAUGGUCUUUUUAAUCCACUAUCCAGAGUCAGGAACAGAUGAAGUUAGGUCUGCUACUGUUCAGUGAUUAAAUAUGAUUUAUGGUGAUGGGAAAUAAUAAACACUCAACUUCAUCUAGUAA